AUGAAACUACUGAUUCCUUCAAAUUGCCUUCGCCGUUGCAUUUCAUCAAAGACUAUACUAUUGAGACAGACGUGUAUACUUACAUCUGGUCAUGUACUAAGGACAGCUAACCUUACAACUACCAAGGGAGAAAUAGAAGGCCCACCUCAAGAUCCUAUUCCCACUCCUCCGCCCGGAGUUCCGUAUCUUGAAACUUUACUGCCUCCAGAAAAAACCGGACAUUCCAUAAAAUUUCCAUGGGUUCAUAAUGUAUCACCAGAAAAUGGAAAACAUCCACAACGAAUAAAACAGUAUCCAUAUAAACCCCCGAAUUUUUGGACUUCUUUAUUAUCUGUAAUGCCAUUUUAUUUAAAUUAUAAUGUAGCUCGAUGGAUAACUGUUCGAACAUUAAAAGAUAGCACGUCACCUUCAUAUUUCCCAGACGAAUUUAUGAUAGGUGCCAGUUUAGGAUUAAUACAAGUGUGUAAAGCAUUAUCCAGUCCACCAGACAGAAAAGGAUUAGAACAAAUGUUCACAACCAGAUUAUUUGAUCGUUUCUCUACUGAAUUGGACAAUUUAGAGGCAGAAAAAUCAACAGUCUCAAUUAAAAUACCAAAGAUUCACGAUUCCCAUAUUCAAGAUGUUUGGCUCACCAUGGGUCCACGACAAGCAUUCGCACGUAAAAGUGCCGAAUUCGAUGUGUUACAUUUUAUGACACUAAAAAUAGGCGUGAGACAGGGUAAUGAAGAAGGAAAUUGGAAUUACUUUCGAAAUAAGUUGGCUAAAAGUGUAGUUGAGGGUAUCGGAUUCAAGGUCGACGUGGCAUUUGAUGUGGAUGUCAUAUAUACGCUGAAAUCGGCAAAAGAUGAAGUGUUGAUCUUUGAUCAGUGUCGACGUAUACUCGUCGUGCGAUUUGAGAGUCCGUACUUUGAACCGUCAGAGCGUAUAAUGGAAAUGAGAAAAGAUGCAUCGGAUGUCGAUUAUUAUAAUAGUAAUGAUAAUAAUUUGAUAUCACUUGGAUGGAACUGGCGAGUUGGAGAUAUUGAUUAUUUGUUGGAAAGUGAAGAUUUAGAGAUUGAAGAGAGAGAAAACCAAACUCGUGCCGUGUUAUGA